CUGCCAAUCUCGCAUGAAAUUCCAUGUUGAAAAACCGCUGCACAAGUGGAUAAGGCAAAGGCAAGGCAACCCCCCAACUCAACUACAAAAGAAUUAAACCAAUAACCCCAAGAAGAAGAAGAAGAAGAAGAUAACCAGAGCAACAAUGGCUUCAGCCACUGCUCCUUUAUCAUUUCUCGGCACUUCCUUUCUAAGCGUUUCUUACUCACAGAACCUUCGCAACCGUCCUCACCUUCAUUUUCCGGCAACCACUUCAAGUUCCGGCCGUCACUCUCUUGUUGUUGAAGCUCAGGCUACGACCAGACGGGAGGACCGUUCAGCUCGCCAUUCUCGCAUCAGGAAGAAGGUUGAAGGAACGACAGAGAGGCCAAGGUUGUCUGUGUUCCGUUCGAACAAGCAUUUGUAUGUACAGGUUAUCGACGACUCCAAGAUGCAUACACUUGCUGCAGUUUCCACAAUGCAGAAAUCAAUCUCUGAGGGGUUAGACUACAGUGCUGGCCCUACCAUUGAAGUGGCAAAGAAAGUGGGGGAAGCGAUUGCAAAAUCUUGUCUAGAGAAAGGAAUAACAAAAGUUGCAUUCGACCGUGGUGGAUAUCCAUACCAUGGACGAGUAGAAGCACUUGCUGAUGCGGCUCGUGAACAUGGCCUUCAAUUCUGAAAACCCCUUUUGUGUGUUUUUUUCCAUAUCUUCUAACUUGGUAUGUUGUAACAAUACUAUCAGAUGGGCUCAUUUCUGUUGAUUAAACGAGAGUUAUGGUUGUUUGACCUGAAAUUAAGAGGGAAUUUAUUUAUUGAUUCAUCUUUUCUUGGUAA